GUCUGACAGACAGGACGCGCCUUUGACUUGCUCAGGAGGAUCUGCUCUCACGAUAAAGAGGAGGACCGCUGUGUGGAUGGUCUACACAGAUAGAAGCAGUGUUUUCAAAAAACAAUGGACAUGACUUUCAUCACAGAGGAUGAACCACUAUCGCUAGACAACACUGGGCUCAACGGCUCUGCUCCAGACAUCCCCCAGGCCAACGAUCACUUCCUGGACUCUGAGUUCCGCUACCCCCUUUUCUCCGCCUCCUAUGGCAUCAUCUUCAUCCUGGGCUUCCUGGCCAACUGCUACGUCCUGUUCGUCAUCCGCCGGAUACGUGGGGCACACGCCAUCGGAGAGAUCCGCGUUUACAUGGCCAACCUGACCGUCGCCGAUCUCCUCUUUGUCUGCGCCCUCCCCUUCUGGGUCGGCUACUACAGUCGCGACGGUGACUGGAUCUACCCGGACUUCCUGUGCCGUGUGACCGGCUCCAUGUUCUUCAUCAACACCUACUGCUCCAUCCUCUUCCUCUGCGCCAUCAGCGUCAACCGCUACUGGGCCAUCUCGCGGCCUCUCAGCGCCGCCGCCUCGGACAGCUGGCGGCGAGGUGCCGGCGUGUCGUGCGCCAUCUGGGCGGUGACCUUGGGCGCGGCGGUGCCGUCGCUGCUGUCGCCCGCCUCCUACCUGGACGAGCGGAACAAGACGCGCUGCUUUGAGGGCUUCCACCGCCAGAGCGACGAGACCAAGCGUGGGGUGGCGCUCACCCACUUUCUCAUCAUCGCCAUGUUUUUCGUGGUCUUCAUCCUCGUGGUGGCGUGCAACCUCCUCAUCGCACACGCCUUGCUGCGGAAGCCCCCGGGGGCCCGGCCCAGAUCGGCGGCGGCUGAGCGGGAGGGUCAGAGCGUCAGGGCCCCGGCGUCCGUCCGGCCCCGCGGGGUGAGGCGCCAGGCGCUGCAGAUGCUGUGCGCGGUGGUCGGCGUGUUCGUGCUGUGCUUCCUGCCCCACCACGUCGUCCAGGGACCGUGGACCCUGGCGGUGCUGGGGAUCAGUGAGGGCUGGGGCAGUGUGACCUGGAGCGGGGCCACCCGGCAGACCCUGAACGACGCCCAUCAGGUCACCUUGCUCCUCAUGGGCCUCAACUGUAUCCUUGACCCGGUGGUGUACUGCUUCGCCACCAAUAAGUUCAAGACUUUCAUUUCCCGGCACAUGAGGAAGUUGAUGAAGGGGGAAACGUGCUCCGCACAGACGUACACCAGCCAGGUGUCCACUCAGGAGAGCGGUCGGAGAGCCCCAGGAGAAGAGCAUUCAAUGGCGACGAUAGGGAAGGACUGCCAGAUGCACGGCUAGAGCUGAACGUCACAGAGAGGAAACACAGCAAGGAUCUUGAAGAUUUAAUGACGGUGAGAAGGUGGACUAUUGUGUGAAGCCAGCGAUGUAUUAUUUCAGGUUAGCGACAGUACAACUAUGGAGGUGGUGUAUAGCUAUAAUCGAAAAUGUAUAGCUUGUUAUUAUUGCUCUCAUGCACAAGAGACAUACAUGGAAUACAUAGGGUUGUGGUGACCACUUCCUAUCGCCCAUGAGCGCUCAUGUUCAAGUUGUUUAGUGUUUGCAAAUGUGUUUGAAUACAGGAUCAUAUCACAAUACGUUAGAAGAUCGGCAUUAACAACAACACACUGAUGUCUUUGAAUGCUAUUUAACUCUGAAACUUUAGAUUUUGUGAAUUGGUUCCCAUGUGUUUUAAUUUUUUGGAAAGCAGAAGGAAACAUGCUGCGUCACAAUUGUCAUUGUGGAAUUUUAUUGAAAUGCGAAACAGGAUCCUAUUGUGAAAUGUUUUUAAGGCAGUGAACUUUUGUAGACGUAAGGUAUACAGUCAUUCUGAAAGUAUCGGGCUCCAAGAAUGCUUCAACUCUGUCAAAUGAGUCUCUUGUUUGAAUCUAUUUCUUUGUUCAUCCAAUGAAGGAAGGGGGAAGAAAAUAUUCUCCUAUAACAGGAGGACAUUUGUGUAAUUGUUUGUGUAUUUGAACACCGGCAAAAGACCAAGAUAUUGAAUGGUUAAUAGUUGCGUAAAUCAAAUGUACACACAUCUAAACCAACUAAGGUCCACACAUAGUCACACAAAUCACUUAAAUCAGAAAACAUGUUGAGGAAACUUCCACAGAAGAAAAGUCUUAUCCGGAAGGAAGUGAUUCUAAAUGUUGUAGCCAUAUUUGUUUUGUUGGAUAUGUGUAUAUUGACUAGAACCGACCCAAGAUAAACGGUUUUGUAGAUGAGGAUGAGGACUUACAUGAUAAAUCCAAAUUCCUAAAUCCGAAUUAUAUCAUUCAUUUCUUCCAGUUUGUUUCUUUUCAGUUUGUUUGAUUGAUGUUCCUCUUAAGCCAUUGUUUUUUAACGACAAACAUUAUGCAUGUAGUCUCUUCAUUUAUGUUAUUUAUUCAAAUAAACAUCUUCACAUUUCUCAAACACGAAAAACAAAAUUUGUACUUUCAUGUAAAAAUAAGAUAACAAACAUCGGACAAUCCAUGUAAACUUCAAAAGCUGUUGAUAAAAGUGGAAAUGUAAUUUUGCCAUUCCCCGUCAACCUUAAUUUUCCUCUCCAAAGAGGUCAAAUACUGGUCAUGGAGGUCAGGCCAUACUGUUAUAUGUAAUUUUCAAUCAUGAAGGUCUAGGAUAGGCUGAAUGCGACGUCAUGGAGGUCUAGGGUAGUCUGGAUUAGACGUCAUUUCCAGUCAUGAAGGGCAAGAAAAUGCUGGAGUAGACAUCAUGACCAGUCAUGGAGGUCAAGAACAUACUGGAGUAGACCUCAUGACCAGUCAUGGAGGUCGAGGAUAGGCUCCAGUAGAUAUCCUUCCCAGUCAUGGAGGUCUAGGAUAGGUUGGAGUAGACAUUAUGACCAGUCAUGGAGUUUGGCUUCAGGUCUCCGUAGGCUAGGUUGGUUCCGGUGUAGUUCAUGUAGUCACCUUGACUUUCAACAUGUGGCAGGCCAUCACUUGGUUUGAACCAAUAAAUAACAAACCAACAAAUCAACUUUGCAUGAUAUUAUAUCAAAUACAUUCUUGGCUACUCACUUUUUGACUCUCAAUGUAACUUGCACACAAAAAUUAAGACCGACUGUAAUAAUGGUUGUGUAAUGUGUGUGUUUAUAAUAACUAAUGGCUUACC